AUGUCCGAAGAAAACAUAACACUUAAAGACGUAUACAUUUUAUCGAAAAGCGUAAAGCAGGAUCUAACGGAACAUAUAGAAAACCUAGAAAUCACAUCACAGUCUCUAACAACUGCAAUUCAAAUAGAAAACCAAAACUUAAAAGAAAAGGUUAAAUCACUUGAGGAAGAAAACAACAUCCUAAAAGUGAAGUUAGAAAGACAAGAAAGAAAAAUUGAGUUAAAAGAGAGAAAAGGACUAGUAGUUGCACUAAAAGAAGCUAGAAAUAAGAAUCAAAACACAAAACCUAAUAAUAGGAAUUGA